AUGGCAAGGGAAGUACCAAAGAGCACAGAACAGAUCACUGGAAGAAGGACUAGACAAAGGCUGAAAUUGAAAACACUACCAGCAGGCAGAAAAACGAAUGAAGAGUAUUUAGAGAACCAA